UAAGGAACGAUUGCGUAUUAGGACGUCCAUUACAUUCUAUACCUCCUGCAAAAAAGUUCGAAAUACGUUGAAAUAUCUGCUGCACAUUCGAUGUUAUCAAGUCACGAGCCCGUAUAAGCGUACCGAUAGCUGCUGACAGAAACUUCAGAUGAAUGGUGUGUCAAAGGAAGACAGUUAGUAAAACUCAAUCCAAGCCAGAUGUUUGCUAGAGUCUUUCUUUUCUGCUCGUUAUCUUUGAUUCCUCUGCGCAUGGCCACUAGUCAGCAAUGUGAACCCGCUGAGCAGUCAGAGAGUGGAAAAGCUCUCAAAGGUCACGUCUUUAAAUCGAAAAGGGUUCAAAAUCCGUACGAAUGUCUUAUGUUCUGCUACAGCGAAUUCACAUGUCAGAGCUACAAUUACGUCAUGACUGGUAAUCUUUGCGAGCUGAAUAACAGAACCAAAGAAGCGAGACCUGAAGAUUUUGUCCGAGAUGAAACUAGAUUCUACGUGCGACGGUGGAAGAACAGAGUCUCAUUAGGUUCCGUUCCCGAGAUGCCUGCCGAGUCUUGUGGAGAGGUCAAAGCCAGCGAACAAGGGAUGGCGGUCAGCGGUAGAUAUUGGCUGAAACCCCAGGAGACAAACAUGAAAUCCAAGAACUUUCUGGUUUAUUGUGACAUGGUAUCAGUGGAUCAGGCCUGGACUCUCCUCGCUCGGUUUUCAAACAGAGACACUAAAAACUGGAUAGAUGACUUAGGAGACUGGUGGUACGACAGUGCUCAAGCUGCAGGAGAAACCGCUGACCCGUCAUACAACGCAGACAUGAUCUCGCCAGCGUUCUGGCUGGUCAGUGGCAGUGAGCUUAAGAUCACACGCAAUGAUGACUCUGGACACAUUCCUUUAUUGCAAACAACAGGGAAUUGUCUGAGCGGGCAGACAUUCCGCUCCAAAGUUACCAGCUACGGUGACUUCAGAAACGGUUCAGUCUGGUCCGAUGGUAAGUGCCUCGGAAAAUGCAAUGUUCAAUAUGGCGGACAAUACCUAACAACUAAGGGUUUCGGACAGGCUUCAUGCAGCGGUGACCUACAAGGUGCUGAUGAAGUCGGCUUCUGGUGUAGCAGUGGUUGGGGUUGUUCUGUGAUCAUGAUUGGAGGGGGCGGAGCUAGUUGUUCAGAUGCCGAUCAUGGAAUUGGGACAACGGUGGCGAAACUUUCCUCUUUUAAAAUAAAAGAAGAUGGCAGAAAAGAAGCUGACUUUGGUGACAGUGCAUGGGGUUAUAAAGCUCUUAGUUACUCGUUGAAUUUGUGGGUUCACUAAUGUCUCCAAUGUUACAUGAUUUGCCUUGCAUCUUAGACAUGUUUUCACUUGAUAGUCGAAAAAUUAAAACCAAAAUAGUCCCAGCGACCCACCGAAACAAAGUUUUAUAUUAUCAUUAGCCUAUGGAGAUAAAAUUGUAUGGUUUCCACAUCAUACCUCUUCUUUAAGACUGUAUUAAUGAUGGUAACCUGCAUUGAAUAAAACACAGGAGAAAAGAAAACUUUCUGAAACUGUCUUUAAUCAGUGUACAUCACGGUAAAAGAGUAGAGACCGUAGAAGAUGGAGUGAGAAGCGCAGCGAACGUAGGGAGAGGAGAUAGUAGAUUCUGCGUUACCCGUUUGUGGGUACUUGGGGUAUUUUUGUGAAACGUAU